AUGGUUGUAUGGUCUUGGUCUGUCUCAGUUAAUGGUGAGGAAACUUCAAGAUGAGGAAACUGGGGCCUUAUAGCCUUUUUGUAAUUUGUCUAAGACCACUCAGCUAAUAUUUUUUGGAGCUAGAAUUUAACCCCUAUGGGCUGUUCCAGGCUCACUCUCUCAACCACUGUUCUAAAAACCAUCUCACUCUGAGCAGAAGACACUGACCUGCCUAAUUUCACAGAGGUGGUGAGUGGCAGAGAUAGGACUCUGAUUUUCAUAUCCCCAGGGCUGCAUAUUCUCAUGCCCUUGCCCUCCAGUAUAUAUUUUCUGAGGGCAGAGAUGAUAUAUACAAAGUGGCUGAUGAAAGAUUAUCUUGACAAUGGUAAUAAUAAAAUGGCAAUUCAGCAAGCAGACAAACUGUUGAAGAAACAUAAGGAUCUUCAUUGUGCUAAGGUUUUAAAGGCAAUUGGUUUACAGAGAACUGGAAAACAAGAGGAAGCCUUCGCCUUGGCACAGGAAGUAGCAGCCCUUGAACCCACAGAUGACAAUUCACUGCAAGCACUAACUAUUCUUUACCGGGAGAUGCAUCGACCGGAGUUAGUUACAAAACUUUAUGAGGCAGCUGUGAAGAAAGUUCCCAAUAGUGAGGAGUAUCACUCUCACCUCUUCAUGGCCUAUGCCAGAGUGGGUGAAUACAAGAAAAUGCAACAGGCUGGCAUGGCUCUAUAUAAGAUUGUCCCUAAAAACCCUUACUACUUUUGGUCUGUGAUGAGCUUAAUAAUGCAAUCUAUAUCGGCACAGGAUGAAAACCUCUCAAAAACAAUGUUUCUGCCUCUUGCUGAGAGAAUGGUAGAAAAAAUGGUAAAAGAGGACAAGAUAGAGGCCGAGGCGGAAGUUGAACUUUAUUAUAUGAUCCUGGAACGUUUAGGAAAGUACCAGGAAGCCUUGGAUGUCAUCAGAGGGAAAUUAGGAGAGAAGUUAACAAGUGAGAUUCAGAGUCGGGAAAAUAAAUGCAUGGCUAUGUACAAGAAGCUGAGCAGGUGGCCAGAGUGCAAUGCCCUUUCCAGGCGCCUCUUACUGAAAAACUCAGAUGACUGGCAGUUCUAUUUGACUUAUUUCGAUUCUGUCUUUCGACUGAUUGAAGAGUCCUGGACUCCUCCUGCUGAAGGUGAACACUCUUUAGAAGGAGAUGUACAUUAUUCUGCAGAAGAAGCUGUGAAGUUUAUAGAAGAUCGAAUAACAGAAGAAUCUAAAAGUUCUCGCCGUCUCCGAGGACCACAUCUAGCUAAAUUGGAGCUGAUUAGGCGUUUACGAAGUCAGGGUUGUAAUGACGAGUACAAACUGGGUGAUCCAGAAGAAUUAAUGUUCCAGUAUUUUAAAAAGUUUGGGGAUAAACCUUGUUGUUUUACAGACCUUAAGGUGUUUGUUGACCUCUUGCCUACUACACAGUGUACAAAAUUUAUUAAUCAGUUACUUGGAGUUGUUCCUUUGUCGACACCAACAGAAGAUAAGCUGGCACUUCCUGCUGACAUCAGAGCUCUGCAGCAACAUUUAUGUGUGGUGCAGCUGACAAGGUUACUUGGCUUAUACCACACCAUGGAUAAAAAUCAGAAAUUGAAUGUGGUCAGAGAAUUGAUGUUAAGGUACCAGCAUGGACUGGAAUUUGGGAAAUCCUGUUUGAAAACAGAAUUACAAUUUUCCGACUAUUACUGUCUUCUUGCUGUCCAUGUGCUUAUUGAUAUAUGGAGAGAAACAGGUGAUGAGACCACCGUGUGGCAGGCCCUGACUUUGCUGGAAGAAGGAUUAACCCAUAGCCCUUCCAAUGCUCAAUUCAAAUUGCUGCUUGUUCGAAUCUACUGUCUUCUGGGUGCAUUUGAACCAGUGGUGGAUCUUUACUCCAGCCUUGAUGCUAAGCAUAUCCAGCAUGAUACCAUUGGUUAUCUUUUGACCCGAUACGCUGAAUCUCUAGGUCAGUAUGCUGCUGCAUCCCAAUCCUGUAACUUCGCACUCAGGUUUUUCCACUCCAACCAGAAAGAUACCUCAGAAUAUAUUAUUCAAGCUUACAAGUAUGGUGCGUUUGAGAAGAUCCCAGAGUUUAUCGCUUUUAGGAACAGGCUGAAUAAUUCUCUUCAUUUUGCACAAGUCCGUACUGAACGGAUGCUGUUAGACCUUCUACUUGAAGCAAAUAUAUCAACCAGCUUAGCAGAAAGUAUAAAAUCAAUGAAUCUUAGACCAGAAGAAGAUGACAUUCCAUGGGAAGAUUUGCGAGACAACAGAGACUUAAAUGUUUUCUUCAGCUGGGAUCCGAAAGACAGGGAUGUUUCUGAAGAACAUAAGAAACUUUCCUUGGAGGAGGAGACCAUGUGGUUACGAAUCCGUUCCUUAACACUGAGGCUGAUUAGUGGGCUUCCAAGUCUUAAUCACCCUGUGGAGCCAAAGAACUCAGAGAAGACUGCUGAGAAUGGUGUAUCCUCCCGGAUUGAUAUUCUUCGUUUGCUCGUUCAACAGCUGGAGGUAGCCCUGGAGACAGGAAAGCGGUUCAUUGAGAAGGAAAUUCAGUAUCCUUUUCUUGGUCCUGUACCUACCAGAAUGGGUGGAUUUUUAAAUUCUGGCUGUUCUCAUUGUCAGAUAAGCUCUUUUUAUCUUGUUAAUGACAUUUAUGAGCUGGAUACCAAUGGUUUAGAGGAUACAGUGGAGGUCCAGGAGCGAAUAGAGAAUAGUCUUAAGUCUUUGUUAGAACAAUUAAAAGGUGUCUUCAGUAAAUGUAAAGGUGAUCUCUUAGAAGUUAAAGACAGUAACUUGAAAACACAUCCUACUCUUUUAGAAAAUCUAGUCUUCUUUGUUGAGACUAUUUCUAUUAUCCUUUGGGUGUCCAGUUACUGUGAGAGUGUACUACGACCAUACAAAUUAAAUUUACAGAAAAAGAAAAAGAAGAAAAAAGAAACCAGCAUUAUCAUGCCACCUGUCUUUACCAGUUUCCAAGACUAUGUUACUGGGCUUCAGACUUUAAUUUCCAAUGUUGUGGAUCAUAUUAAAGGGCUUGAAACACAUCUAAUUGCACUUACACUUGAAGGACUUAUUUUAGAAGACACUUCUCUCUCACCGGAAGAGAGAAAAUUUUCAAAGACUGUGCAAGGGAAGGUGCAGAGCAGUUAUCUGCACUCACUUCUGGAAGUGGGGGAGCUGCUGAAAAAAAGACUUGAGACCACAAAGAAACUAAAAAUUUAAGCAAGUAAGAACCACAGACACUGAUGAUUCUCCAACAGAAAAUAACACCAUCUUCCCAGGCAAAAGCAACAUCUGGUUGACCAUCACUUUAAUCCAGAACUUCCUCAUAAAAUGCAUGAAGGACUUUGAUUGUGAAUUAAUUUUUUUAGGUAUUAAAUAUAUACAAUGGAUUAAAUUAUUGUAUAUAACCAGAAGCAGGACCCUCAUCUGGGUUUGACCAUUUUAUACAUGUUAAUAUGCAUAUGGCAGCAACAAGAUAACCCCACUUUUCUUCCUUCCCAUCACCAGAAACACCUGGAGAGGGGGGUUUCUAUAAAAGCAGCAAUAGAAAUUGAGCAUAAAGCAUUGACCUCAGAGCAGCUGAUUGGCCCUUCUGUUAUAGCAGUGGAAGUUGUGGUCUCGUUCUUGAGCCUUAGGAAGCAGAAAGAAGGAAGUAGAGGGGGAGUGUGACUGGAAGCAGGCCCUUUCCACAGCAACAGGUUAGUUUUUUUGAGGAUUCCUCAGCUGCUUGGCUACCACAGAACCCAAGGCCUUAGAUGGGAUUUGGCAUAAGUUCCUGCCGCUGAAGGGCACCAUUCAGAUGACCACAGUUAUUCAUUUUUUUUGGCUUAAUAGACCUGAUAGCAAAGACAUCCCCAUCAUAGUCCUAUGAGAGUUAAAUCUCAGAUAGGGAGGCAAGGAAAGCUCUGUUAAUUUAUAGCAAUUUAGAGUGGAAAACAAUGCAGACCACUUAAUAAGCCUGCUGAGGACUAGCUUAUUGUCUUUCAACCAUUUGGGAAGGAUGGGAAUCACUGUUUUAAAGAAGAGAGGUGCACAUAAUUUAUACAGGCAAGUCUGAUACUUAUUUUAUUGGUUUACUUUAGUAUUUUUAAAUGGGGAGUUUGGGAAAGAAGGAAUGUAUAUUAUGGAUUUAACCUAGGUUUUAAGUUUUAGGCUGGCAAAAAAAAAUGUUAUCCAAUGGGUUCAGUCUACUUUUUUCAAACUUGAGAGUUACACCAGGAUGGUGUUUACUUUGUUUACCUGGAGGGACCCCAAGACUAUAGUGUCAGAGGUUGGUCUGAUAAUAGAUAAAAAUUGCUCUUGAAAAUGUUAUACAAUUUAUACAGUUUCUUUAAUAGCUUUUUUGUGUUUGAAUCUUUGCUUCUGUUUGUGGUCUUUGUUACCUAAAUACAGUUAAAGUUAAUAAUUCUGUAGGAGUAAAGAAAUGAAUUUGUUGAGGAAACUCAAGCAUCUGAUGGAGCAUUAGUCUUGAAGAUGUUUAUGGUCCUUUGCAGUGCACUGCUCCAGUGAAAUGUGAUACUUUUUUCUUUUAAAAGCAGCCAGAAGAGAGCUGGGAAAAUCUCUGUAUGCAAAGCAAUUGCAUUUUGUCCCCUCAUCUUGACUUUCUUAGACUCACAAUUUGAUAUGGUGAUUAGUUACUGUUUAAACUUCCAAGGAAAUUUUUUAAAAUUACUACCUGUCCAAAAUAAGACUUGUUGGGCCGGCCCGUGGCUCACUCAGGAGAGUGUGGUGCUGAUAACACCAAGGCCGCGGGUUCUGAUCCCAUAUAGAGAUAACCAGUUAGCUCACUGGGUGAGCAUGGUGCUGACAACACCAAGUCAAGGGUUAAGAUCCCCUUACCGGCCAUCUUUUUAAAAAAUAAAAAUAAAAUAAGACUUGUUGGAAAUCGUAGUCCAUCAAGUAAUUUCAAAAAAGUUAUUUUUGUUAUAAAUUGGUAGCCACAACUCACAUACCACAUCCCAAUAGGAAGAACUGUCUUGAGCAAGAUGAACAGAAAAUUCUGAUUAAUUCUGAAUCUCAUUUAAUGAUAACAUAUUAUUACACAAAACUAUGGCCUAUUUUAGACGGAACUUUGUGUGUAUGCAGGAGGGUGGUAUGUAUGUAUGGCAUGUGUUCUUGAAAUGUUUCUUUGAAUAUUCAAAAAAGUACUGUGCAUAAAAAUGCUCCUUGAAACAAGUCUAUCAACUGGCUAUGAUCAGUCUAACAUAGGUAUGCUCAACAGGCUGGCCUUUGUCCUCAGGGACAGUGUGAGUCUAGUGGUCUACCUAACCAUUCUCCUGCCUGGGGCUAUCUGGGACCUCUACUGGUUUUAAUGACAAAUAAUGGACAUUGAGGUUAUGCUUCCUUUAUUACUUGUUGAUUUUCCUACUAAAUGUAGCAUUUCAGUUAGAUCCAACUCUCACAUUUUGAGAUAAUUGUAAAAAGAAUGAAAUUAUGCAGAAAUGGCCAAUAUCUUUUAUUGAUCUGUUCUUUUGGAAACUGUCAUGCACUAUAAAUUGUGUACAGUUAAAAAAAUAUAUAUAUAUAUAUAUUCUUACAUGAGUAAAAAGCACCCUCUCCCAGCAAUCGUAUGUCAUUGGUAUUUGAAGAGAAUUUCCAAAUAACCCAUUGCUGCUGCUGCUGUUUUUGGUUUGUAUGGGUUUUUUUGUUGUUUUUGUGUGAUAAAUUGAUAAUUUAAAAAAAAAAAAAAAGGAAAGGAGAAAAAACGCGACUACUGUUUACAGACUGAAAAAUUAUUUCUUUUUAUACUACUGAGAUCCUAAGUUAAGACUCUCCAAAGCAAAUAUUUGGUUUAAAUCAUUUAUCUGAUGUGGAUAAAAGGUAGAGAAAUUUUUAGUGUUCUCCACAUAAUGGAAAAUGUACAAAUGCCUAGUUGUGUUGCCCAUCAGUUUUGUAUAUUUUCAUAAUUCUAAUUGUUCAAAAUUGCAUUAUAUUUUGCAAUCACUAUGUUCAAUCUGGAUUUGUCUUUCAUUUUAACUUUUAAUAUAAAAAGGGGUUUCAAUGUAUUUACAGGCUUGUUAUUGAAACUCUUAUUUGAUGUGAUUUAUUAAUAUGGGAAGUAUAUAUUCUUCCUUCAGAAUUAAGUGAAGCAUAGCAAAUCUACUUUAGACUGGAUGGGUUAAUUUAUAUAAACACUUUCAUUUUAAGUUGGCAUUUCUGCCUGGUGCAUUUUUGUUCAGAUUCUUACAAGCCAUAACCUUCUAAAUGGUAUAAUUUAUCCCAAUUUUGUAUUGAG